CAGCCGACUUUCUGUCGACACUUUCGUUUCUGCUCUACACGUCUUGUAUCCUUACCAUAAUGAUCGACCUUAUCCACUUCCAGACCGACAAGGGAGGCAACCCCGAGGUCGUGCGCGAGAGCCAGCGCAAGCGCGGCGCGCCCGUCGAGCUUGUCGACGAGGUGAUUGAGAUUUUCGCGCAGCACAAGGCUGCCCAGUACGAGGUCGAGAACGAGCGCCGCGCGGUCAACGCGCUGCAGAAGGAGAUUGGGGCCAUCAAGAAGGCCAAGGGCGACGCCACCGAGCUCGUCGCCCGCAAGACUGCGCACGACAAGAAGAUUGCCGAGCUCACCGCGCGCGCCGCCGAGCUCGUCAAGAUCCGCGACCAGAAGGCCAACAGGAUAGGCAACAUUGUCGACCCCGCGUGCCAUGUGUCGCAGACCGAGGACGACAACCCCAUCAAGCGUGUCUGGCACCCCGAGCCCAACCACAAGGGCAACUCGGAGCCCGGCCUCGGCGCCGACGACAAGCGCACCGACAUCCUCCCCCACCACGAGGUCCUGUACCGUCUCGAGGCGUUUGACACUGAGCGUGGCGCCAAGAUCAACGGCCACCGUGGCUACUUCCUCACCAACGACGGUGUCGACCUCAACCAGGCCCUCAUCAACUACGGUCUUGACUUCCUCCGCAAGCACGGCUACAAGAAGGUCCAGGCGCCCUUCAUGAUGCGCAAGGAGCUCAUGGCUGCCACUGCCCAGCUCGAGGAGUUUGACGAGGCUCUGUACAAGGUCUCGGCCAACGACGGCAACGAGGACAACGACAGGUACCUCAUUGCCACCUCGGAGCAGCCCAUCUCGGGCAUGUACGCUGGCGAGAACCUCGAGCCCAAGCAGCUCCCUAUUCGCUUUGCUGGCUACUCGACCUGCUUCAGGAAAGAGGCCGGCUCGCACGGCCGUGACACGUGGGGCAUCUUCCGCGUGCACCAGUUCGAGAAGGUCGAGCAGUUCAUCCUCUGUGACCCCGAGUCGUCGCCCGCCAUGCUUGACUCGAUGAUCGACAUCUCGCGCCAGUUCUACGAGUCUCUCGGCAUCCCAUACCGUGUCGUCAACAUUGUGUCGGGUGCGCUCAACAACGCUGCCUCGAUCAAGUACGACCUUGAGGCGUGGUUUCCCUUCCAGGGCGAGUACAAGGAGCUUGUCUCGUGCUCGAACUGCACCGACUACCAGUCCCGCUCGCUCGACGUCAAGCUCGGCUACAAGAAGGCCGGCGAGAAGACUGGCUUUGUCCACAUGCUCAACGGUACCCUCUGCGCCACUGAGCGUGCCAUCUGCUGCCUGGUCGAGAACUACCAGACGCCCGAGGGCCUCAACGUCCCCAAGGUCCUCCAGCCUUACAUGCAGGGCCGCGAGUUUAUCCCCUUCACGGCCGAGCUGCCUACGCCCAAGACGGCCAAGGCCGCUGGCAAGAAGUAGAGGGCGCGGCGCGCGCGUAGAUGGUGUGCACGUUAUCUGAUUAGCAGCAGCAGGGGCUGCGUGUGCCGUCGUUGAUUUGUGACAUGACAUGCAUUGCUGUGGCGGC